UCCACACCGUGUAACUGUAACACACCCGACCGGUCUAUCUAUUCGAUCAGCAUGCGUUUCUCCCUUGCCACCCUCAUAGCACUCUUCGCAGCCGCGUACGCAGCUCCUGCCGAAUUGGCGAACGACCAGCUGCAAGAGCGCUCGCUCGUCGACCGCGCGUGCUGCAACUACAAUAAAUGCGUCGAAGUCCAUGUUGAUCACCCGUGCCCGGCGAAGCAUCCGAAGUCCUGUGGUGGGGAGCUGUCAUACAAGAACUGCUGCAAGAGCAAACCGUGCUAACCUGUUGACCGCAUGGCGAAGGGCUAAGGGAUAGGAACGCGCUCUCCACUCGGGGAUGGGGGAGAGCGAGGCGAAAAG